AUGGAGAAAGUGGGUAUCCUAGACGCACAUCGUUCUGUGAACGGAAGCUUUUGGAGAGCUCGCCGUAUACUGUCACCCAUCCGGAAACGGAGCAGACAAGCGCUGACCGAAGACUUCACCCCUAUCUUUGAACACUGCAGGUCGAAGUCAUUCAGACCAGAAGAUCGGUGGCACUUGAGAGAACAUAUGGACAUCGUCAGACGAACCACACGAAGGCAGCUAUCAGCAGGUGUCCAUUCAGGCAAGGAUACAUCCACCCGAUGCGGAUGCCUCCUACCUGAUCGAUGUGUCGACGGUCUACAAGAACCAAGAGAUUGCCUCCGCUAUGAUCACUGGAAGGACGAAGUCUUCUACUUGCGCCUAUUGAUUCCGCUGAAUUUGCACGUGGCAUCGACCGACGCUGAUUCAGUCAUGCUCAUAUGGGAUGAGCCCGAAUGCAAUGAAAAGAUGACUCAGCCAGACUCAGAGAUCAAAUGUCUCGGAAAGGAACGAAUUCGAUCCUACCAGGUCAUGUACAGAAUGAUUGGGGAAAGCCCUGUUACAGAACAGAUUCAGUCGGUCGAUGGAAGUCAGGAAAGUGAUCCCGCUGAACCGGACGACAACUGGCUGGUAACGGAUACGGAAACCAAUGAGAAUGAACUGAAUGACUUUAAGUCAGCGGACGGCUCGAUGCACAUUAUCAACGUAACGCGAACGUGGGCAAGACUAGAUAACUUGCUUCCAGGAUGUCGGUACUCAGCUGCAGUGCGAGCUGUUGGAACGGGCGUGGAGCCGAAUUCGGAUGUCUUGUACAGCGAAUGGAGCAUGACCGAAUUAUUUGAAACGCCAAGACGUGGCCCAGAGGAUGCCCCCGCAGAUUUGCAGCUAACUAACAUGCCAACGGGAUCGGGCCCGGCGCGUAUACAAAUCUCGUGGCAACCACCCCAGCGGCCACAUGGACAGCUCGUCAGCUACAUUCUCUACUUUACGCUAAACCACAGUCUUCCAAUUUCAAAAUGGUCAAAACGAAAAUUACCAGCAAACAGUUUGAACACCGUUCUGAACGGUCUUCAUCGUGGUGUUGUCUACUUUUUACACAUGCGGGCGCGUAACCGUCAUGGAAACGGACCACUAUCUCCAGUACGCUUGUUUCGCACUCCAGAUGCUUCUGGACAAGGAGGGGGAGAGAUCCCGAUUGGGCGUAACUACCCGGAUGCUUAUUCCAUUCCGAAAGAUCUCCUUGCCCUUGUUGCGCCCAGUGAUCAAGAACACACAAUUCGCGAUGUCUCCGUUCCUGCUGCGUCGAAUGGCACACGGUGGCUGUUCUUUGGCUUUGUACUGGGCUCCAUUAUACUGCUUAUUGUGAUCGUAUGUGCACUCUUGAUCCAACGCCGGAGGCAAAUUCGUUUGUCGGCAUCUUUCGGGUAG